AUGACGCUCCAACGAGCCGAAUACGAAAGCGCAGCCCAUGGACUACUUCUACAGGAAGCAAGUCACAGAGAAGACCACGACUACGCACUUGCUCUCAAUAUGCAGCAGGAGGGUCAAGAGCUCCAAGCCGUAACCCGCAACUGCGUAGUCUGUGGCGACGACACACCAAUUUCAGAGCUUCCUGCCCUAUUGGACUGUAACCACGAGCCCCGGACGUGCUCCAACUGCUACCAGAACUGGAUCUCAUCCGAAUUCAACAGCAAAGGCUGGAAACGGAUUGCAUGUCCGGAGUCAGGUUGCAGUGUACUGCUUCAGCACGUCGAACUCCAGGCAUACGCCACUUCCGAAGACUUCCAAAAAUUUGACACCCUCUCCGCCCGCGAAGCCAUGAAUGACGAGCCCAACUUUCGCUGGUGUCGCGGCCCCAGCUGCACAUCCGGUCAAAUCCACUACGGGGGGCGCUCCGACCCAAUCUUCACCUGCAGCGAAUGCGGGUUCAAAGUCUGCGUUGUGCACGACGGGACGUGGCACCAGGGCGAGACGUGCGAGGAGUACGAUUACCGUGUGAGUGGACGGAAAGAGCAGGAUCAGAGGAGCCAGGAGCAGGCGAGUCAGCGAUUGCUAGAGAAGCUGACAAAAAAGUGUCCGGGAGAAGGGUGUAACUGGAAUAUCGAGAAGAAUGAUGGAUGUGAUCAUAUGACUUGUGAGUAA